CACAAGACAUGCAAGGUCGACGACUUUCUACUCUGGAUGCCUCCACACAACUCGGUACAGAGCAAGGGGGCCCCGAUUGCGAUGAUGACACUCGAAUACUGGUGCGUAGAGCAAUGUACUUCAGUGUACGCUCAAUGAGAGCCCUCUAUUUAUAGACUACAACGGCCGACAUGAAGCGCGACAGAAAUGUCUAAACCCGCAGCACUCGUCACGGCCUCCCCUGACGGAGAUACCACCAGUAAGGCCGGUUCCGCGGCUUCCCCAGUCAAGGCGCCGAGUGCCGGGGCCCCGACGACCGCAGUCGAGCGAGCUUUGCCAGCGAAGGUGCCCCUGAACCAGGUCUACGCCCUGCCUGCUCCAAUUCGCACUUUUCCCCUCCCCACGUUCUACCCGAACAAUCCCAUAUCUCUCCUACAUCUCGCCUACGCUUGGCUGAGCCAAGUUUUCCGUCCGCCGCCGCGCGAGCCGUCGGUGGUGCACAUAGGCAUUUGGGACCCGGAGACGCGUUCUGUCCAUGUCAGAGAUGACGCAUCCGUUCGUGCUCUGUGGGAGCAGGGCUUCUACGGCAAAGGGAGUCUCAGUCGGAGUGAGCCGAACUGGCUGAAGAGGGAACUGGCCAGACGGGGCUCACCAGAAGGCAAGACCGUUAGCGAGGCACGCACGGAGUUGCGGCGAGAAGAACGUCGUCUUGCUAAAUGGGAGAGAGCGAAAGCAGAGCUCGAAGCCAUUGAGCGACAGAGACUUGCCGAAGCCGCGGCUCAUGCUGCCGCGACCAGGGUCGCCGAGGCAAAUGGGGUCCUUGACUACGAGCCUGUCAAUGUCGAGACAUCGCGGUCACUCCGAUGCUCCGUUCAGCCCGCUGCUGUGGAACACAGUCCGGCAGAUUUCGUGGCAGAAACUGCGACACAAUUCCCUGACUCCAUCGAGCAGACCCAAGUUGUCAUGACGGACAUGCCUCCUGCAUGCCGCUCCCUGCACCACAAGCCACCUGUUGGUCCGGCGGAAUUGCUCGCGCUGCCCAAUUCAUUGGCACGGUCAGACGGCCUUCCAGGUGGCUUGAGUUCCCAACAACCCAGCCAAGGGCGGGAUUGGAAAGCGCCAGUUGGCCCGGCGGAGCUGCUGUUGCUACCCAACUCUCAUGCGGACCUUAUUUCCAGGCCUGUCAGCGGGCUCGUUAUGAUUGAGAUGGGAUCUGGCGCUCUCGGCCAGCCGCAACUGCGGACAAAUCAUGACACAAACGCUCCUGUGGAUGGCGAACCUCGUGACGACCAGUUUCAGUCGAACGGUGCAGUUAACGGGCAUGCGCUCAAGGCCAGUGACCCAAAUGGCAGUAGUCAUCGAGUGGAUCAAGCAGACAGAGUGUCCAUCCACGGAGUCCAGCCAAGUAAGCCCUGGAAAGGGGCUGUCUCGCCCCCCUCUCUGCGCUCAGAUGAAUCUGUUUCGAGCUCCGCUCAAGAGGAGGACGGCAAUAUUUCGCAGCCUUUGAAGCGUCGGAAGAGUGUCCGCUUCUCACCCACGGUCCAGUCAACCACAUUCGUGCAUUCUGACCCGCCAAGCCCAAACCGCUCGUCCGGUGUCCCCGCGAAGAGCGCUGGCCCUGCCCUGUCGAACGGUGAACUCAUGGGGCAGCUAGACGUAACCCGCACCCUUGCUGCCGCCUCGCAGGCCGCUCCUCAGAGUUCCUCCGACUUGGUUGUGAGCAGCCAGGUCGACCUAGGCGAAAUUGAGAAUAAAGAACACUUUCAGCUGGCGCCAGAGGAAGCCUUCUUCCUAGUGUUUGCCCUUGGAGCCCUCAAGGUUGUGGACCCUGUCACCGGCUCUCCCAUCUCCACGGAACACCUCCUGGCCCUCUUCCGCUCAUACUCCUACUUACCCCCGCGGCCGGCUGGCUCCGGACUUAGGCCUGACGACCCGUUUCUUGUGAACUACGCUGUCUACCACCACUUCCGCUCGCUGGGUUGGGUUCCCCGCCACGGCAUCAAGUUUGGCGUCGACUGGAUCAUCUAUCAGCGGGGACCCGUCUUUGACCACAGCGAGUUCGGCAUCAUGGUAUUGCCUGCUUAUUCGGACUUUGCCUGGGAGGGGCAUGAGCACGAGGCGCCAAGGAGGUCGUGGUCGUGGCUGAUGGGCGUCAACCGGGUGCUCUCGCAUGUGCUAAAGAGCUUGGUCCUCGUCUAUGUCGACAUACCGCCUCCGAACGUAUUUGAGGAGGAGAUGCAGCGCGGAGGUAUUGCCUCUGCGCUGAAGAAGUACAAUAUUCGGGAGGUUAUGGUGCGGAGGUUUUCGGUCAAUCGGAACAGGUGAUGUACAAUACAGAUACGAUGCAUGGGACGGCGUUGUCGUUGGCGGCAUGUACAUGGAUUGCAUAUGGGAAACGGAGGGUGGUCACUUGCGUUGUUUCAGAUGGCUAUAUUCGUUCAAAUACCAGCGGCUUGACGGACUCGCCAACUUGACACCGUCACUCUUCUGUUUGCUCUGGCAUCUGCUCUAUCCAAUUUCCGAUCCCACGUCCUA